AUGUUCACUUCUGCGCUUCGUCAAGGCUUCCGUCGUGUUGCCAACAACACCACCACUGCCCAACGUGGAUUUGCUACCGUUGGUGCCAAGGUUGCCAAGAGUGACAACGCUCGCAAGGCUCUUGUGGCUGGAGCUGGUCUGACUCUUGCGGUUGCAGCUCUUCAACAACGUGAGGACAACAAGACCCAAAACUUGUUUGGAAACAAAAAGGCUGUCAAGGCUGUCGAAGACAAGUUUGGAACCUACUGGCCACGCAACAUUAUGAUCUUGUUUGGACCCCCCGGUGCUGGUAAGGGAACCCACGGCCCCAAGAUUGAAGACAUGCUGGGCAUUCCACAACUCUCCACGGGGGACAUGCUUCGUGCCGCCGUCAGUGCUGGAACCGAAGUCGGAAAAAAGGCCGAGGCGAUCAUGAAGGCCGGCGGUUUGGUCAGCGAUGACAUUGUGAUUGGGAUCAUUCGCGAUCGCAUCCAAGAAGAGGACUGCAAGUUUGGUUUCAUCUUGGAUGGAUUCCCACGUACUCUUGCCCAAGCCAAGGCUUUGGAUAAGAUGUUGGCCGAUGAGGGUGCCUGUGUCACCAAGGUUGUCGAAUUGGAGGUUCCUGAUUCGGUUCUAGAAGAGCGCAUUACGGGACGCUGGAUCCACAAGUCUUCGGGACGUUCGUAUCAUGUCAAGUACGCUCCACCAAAGUCCAUGAAGCUGGAUGCAAGCCUAAAGCCCAUUCCAGAAACCAUGACUGACGAUGCCACUGGAGAACCCUUGAUGCAACGUAAGGAUGAUACCGCUGCCGCCUUGACAAAGAGAUUGCAGAGCUACCAUGGAGAGACUGUCCCUAUUUUGGCCCAUUACAAGCCAAAUGGUGUUGUCCGAGCAGUCAACGCUAACCAAGGAAUGGACGGAGUUUGGGGAGAGAUCCUUGCUUCCUUGCAACGAAAGGCAUAA